CGAGGGGAGACUAUUAUGGGAUGCAAGUGGUGCGAGUGUUGGCGAGCUCGGUGUGUGUAGAGCUUCAUUGUUUACCGCCUUCUGUGCAUGGAGCUAUCGAAGAUGGGCGAAAGGGUGUUUGCCGCCGAGCGCAUCUUGAAAAAGCGCAUACGAAAGGGCAAGCCGGAAUAUCUGGUGAAGUGGAAAGGCUGGCCGCCCAAGUAUAACACGUGGGAGCCAGAAGAAAAUAUAUUGGAUGUGCGACUGAUCGAUUCCUUCAAAGCGAGUCAGAGGGAUGGAUCGUCUGGUGGAAGCAAACGCGGACCCAAACCCAAGAAAAUGCGCGUGCAGGAGAGCACGGACGAGAAUUCCGAUGUCGACAUGGAUGGCGAUGAGAGCGGCGAUGAACAGACGAGCGAGAGCAGCAGCGACACAGCCAGCGGCGCACGAGGAGGAAAGGACCAGGACCAGUCCUCCACCAGCAGCGCCACAGGGACAGCAAGUCCGCACAAGGGGGACAACCCUGGCAGCAGCAAGAAGAAAGACGAUGUCAAGUCGUCUUCAGCCGGAGAUGCCGGAGGGAGCCACAGCACCAGUCGUGCCUCGGGUGGUCCCGUGAAGAGAGGUCGUGGCCGCCCACCCAAGUAUCCCAAGCCGGGUAUGCCAGGCUACGUGCCUCCACCGUCAAAGGUGAACAAAGCCAAGCUCAAGCUGGACAACAAGCCUAAAGGUACCCCGGGUAGGCGGCCGGGCAGCGUGAACAAAAAGGGACCAAAAUCCAAAAAGGCAUCGACCUCUUUGUCCAAGCAGAACUCUACAGAGAGCUCUGCCGGUAACACGAAGACAUCAUCAAAAGACAAAGACAGCGCCUCAUCCGGCGAUGUGGCUCACAAAAGCAGCGGAGGAGGCGGGGGCAAGGCCGAUCACCAUCACGGAAAGACCAACGGCCAGUCGGCAGCCCCUGGGUUGGGCAAGGCCAGCAGCAUUAGCACCAGCGGCAUCAAGACCACGGACUCGGGCAUCUACGACUUCCAGUCGGACGACGCCGAGUCGCACAAGGCCUUCAAGAUGGCGCGGCCGGCGGAGCGCGAGGUGCCGGCCAAGGUGUACUGGAGUCCGGAGCCCGCGCUGAAGGCCGUGCUGGACUCCGUUGUCCUCACUGAUGUGACCAGCAACAACACCACCAUCACCGUCCGCGAGUGCACCGCGGGCCCCGCCUUCUUCCGGAAACGGCAGGAGACGUGAAUGGGGACUGGGGGCUUCCAGCCAACGGUUUUUUUUUUUUUGAACUGGACGCUGAUUGGUGGAACAUGUCGCUCUGAAAUGCAUGUUAAGAGAACGAUUGAACAGACGAUGGCGAAGAUGUGAUUCUGCCUUGUGGGGACAAGGGGACUGGGGCUGUUGGAGAGCAGAGUUCUGCAGACUUGUUGUGAGGGGUUGUGCUUGGUGUUCACCAGUGUGAACACUGCGUUGCUGAGAGACUUGUACAGCAUCGUUUGCUAAGUGCACAGUGCCACGUGACUCAUUUUGUUGUUGAGAGCCGUUGGCGGACGAGUUUUUAUACAUCUGCGUGCCCCGUUCAAAAACACAGGGGCUCGCAUGCUUUUGGAUUUCACUUGCAGCGGAUAUUUCGCUCACUUUUAUUACAAUUUGUUAUCUUCAUUAACCAUGGACAGAGCUGGAUGCUCAGUAUUCGGUUGGAAAUAGUGCAUGCACCAGCUGCAUUGGAAGGAACUACUGGCCUUUUUUUUCCUGUGCGAUGUGAGAGAGGAUUGGGGUGGGUGGGUACCUGAGUGCGGAUGAGGGAGAGCGAAAUUGAGGGUAGGGGUGAGCGGAAGAAAUGAGUUGCUUCCGUAGAGAAAACGGAUGUGUUUCGCGAAUUACCUGCUGGAUUGCUGUAUCUGUCUUACCACUCCCCCAUUCGUCUAGUUUUUUUCCUAGGCUGCUUCACAACUGUGCUGCUACCCUGGGUUUCCUGUUAGUGUGUUUCGUAGCUUGCGUAUUAAAAAUGCGAGCUGAAGUUGGCCCUGCGCACACAGUUAGGCUUGCCCUGCUUUUUUCCCCCCAAGAUGUUAGAUUGUUUCUUGUUUGGGUGUAAUUUGCAUGAUUUAUUUUCUGCUGCUGACAUAGCACGUUUUUUGAUGACGGUGGGAUAAUGCUUGUGUUCCGAUAUCAUCCAACCGCUGGACAAAAAAAUUUCAAUUUUGGGAAAAAGAAUGGUACCUGUCACAAUAGUACAUCAUUUAUUUCCCCGUUGGCAAAAGAUUAUUCUUACACCUGUUAAUAUUUCUCAACGCCUGUCUACCUUGUGGUGAAGUCGAGGGCCAACAUUCCAAGUAAAGGUGGAUGUCACCCAUGAGCAUACAUCUUGGCUGUUGUGGAGCGCUGAUCGACCUGUUGGUUGGAUGAGAUAAGUGUUCGGUCAGCACGUGAUGUUUGUCCAUUCAAGUGCGCAGCUUCCGAGCGUUUUCACGCGCGGGGAGUCGUGAAAGUGUUGCCGGACAAGCGCGUGCAAGUCCCGGGUAGAUGUGGGUAAAGGGGCAUAAUCCGUGACAUCACCUGUGGUGGAGCUUACAUCUGCUACACGAGCAAAUCGGUUUUUCUCGCGAGAAAUUUUUUCUUUACAAUCCAUGCAGACGUGGAUUCCAAUAACUGACAACGAACUUUGAAGGUAGGUUGGUAUGUGAUAUGGUCAGUUAGGUUUGGGCCUUGCUGGCCUCGUGGUUGCCCGCUGUCCUUUGUGUCUCUGUCUCGCAAGACUCUGGUAGUACCCAUCGUUUCCGGUGGUGUCUAACUGUGGUAGUUUUUUUUCUUGUGCUCCCUUUCUUAAGCACCUAGAGAAGUCUUGCUUGCUGCUCACUUAUUUUUCUGUCACUUAGCUGAUUAGUCUCUGACUCACCGAAAGCGAAAUUAAAUAUGGCUUCCAUGAGAUGGACUUGUUGGAAACUGUUUUAUAAAAAAAAGAAGCACUGAUUUCCAGCUCACAAAUUGUCUUUGGGUUCUAUCCCUUUGCUUUUGGAUUUAGUUUUUUGUUUGUUUGUUUAUGUUAGCAAAUUAGGCGAGUUACUUAUCGGUUUGUUGACAGCGCUUUUAAUGCACAUUGUAUUUCAAAGAACAAAAUGACUGGUGCUUAUUUAUGUGAUCCAGAAAAUGUUUACUGGUUUAAAAAAUCAUAUUGAAAGCUUUACUGAUCUGAUUUCUUCUUUUAUUGCAUUCAUUUAGCUAGUGCUACGUUUUCUUCUUACCACCACCAUUAAUAUUUUGUGUAUUCCUGAUGUCUUUGACACAGCUUCAGGCUUUACUUCGCAGUAAGCGGGGGGUGGAUGUAUGACUGAGUGUGUGAAGUAUGUGACAAUGAGAUUUGUGACCUGCCUGAUGCUGACUGAACAGUGGAAACCCGGCUGCUCGCCAAAGAAAUUAAAAGUUGUUAUUAAGAACGAAUAAAAUUCGGAAAAGUCA